AUACUGUUUUUAAUUGUUCAGGUUGAAGACACAACUAUGAUUUACAUCCCCCAUGAAUCUGCCCGGAAAACCCAUGAUGACGAGCCUAAAUAUGUGCGACUUUUUCAGAACAUUGAUCUCUCUUCUAACUUCUACUUCAGUUACAGCUAUGAUCUUACUCACAGCCUACAGUAUAAUAUGGCCCCACCUACAGAUAUACCCAUUGAGUUGCUUGCACACUGCAAAACAUCAGCAUCUACUGUGGGUGAAAUAGAAAAAGCAGAAGACUUUCUGAAUUUGUCUGUAAAUUCUAAGGAUUCAAAUGAAGAGGUUGACAAAGUAACAAGCUCACUGUCAAGUAAAGAAUUGAAUAAAAAUGGUGCCAAUGUUACCUCAGACGUGUAUAACAAUCAGUGUCAAACCUCACCAUCAAGUAACGUAAAACAGCAGCCACCACCUCCUGUUUCAUAUGGAAUACGUAAUAAACCCAACAACAAAUAUGUAUGGAAUUCUUACUUGUUAAAGCCAGUUGAAAAUUUUCUACAUCCUGCCUGGAUUUUACCCAUUACUCAUGGCUUUGUUGCACAGAGCAACAUAUCCGUAUAUGGAAGAUCUUUCUUUUUGACUUUAAUUGCUCGGAGAUCUUGCUGUUAUGCUGGCACGCGGUUUCUUAAACGAGGGGCUAACUUUGAGGGUGAUGUAGCUAAUGAAGUGGAGACAGAGCAGUUGGUAUUUGAUGCACAUGUUGCAUCCCUCCAUCUGGGCAGGUUUACUUCAUUUGUACAGGUUUGUUACAUUAAUUUAAACUAA